GAUUGUUAUUCCUGUUGGUCAAAGUUCGCGUGGCGCGUUCCUUCGAAAAGGUUUAGCGUUAACAUUCUAUUUUCUACCUAGGAAGGAACAAAAAAUAGUUCAUGGUCCAUACAUUUGGUUCGUAAACUUUGUGGGUAUAUCUAAAGUGACUAGGAACAUAUAUUUACCCAUUUGUAACUGUUUUUUGUUGAAAAGGUUGUCUAGCGCCUGAUAUUUCUUGAUGGUUAGCUAACGUCAGUCAAAAACAGUAAGGUUAACGUGUUACUUUAUGGAUAGGUAGCUAGCGAACGUCACAUCAUAUUAAUUAACGAUACUAGUUGGCAAACUAGUCCGUAAAUAAGAUAGCUUGCUUUCUAACUAACUGUACUAGUUUUGCGUACAAAUCACUGUCAGCAGCAGCAGUGCUCGGCUGGUUUGCGAGAAAAUUAAGGAAACAUGCCCUUGUCAACUCAAUCUGAAGCGGGAGAUGAGCGGUACGUUCUUGUAGCUAGUCUGGACAAUGUCAGGAACCUCUCCAACAUCCUUAAAGCCAUCACUUUUAAAGACCAUGCCCUGUUCAACGCUACACCCAACGGGUUGAAAGUCACUGUGGAGGACUCCAAAUGUCUCCAAGCAAAUGCCUUCAUUCAGGCUGAAAUAUUUCAAGAAUUCACCAUUCAGGAAGAUUCAGUAAGCUUCCAGGUCAAUCUGACAGUUCUUCUGGACUGUCUUACCAUCUUUGGGGGAAGCACUACACCAGGAGUAACAACUGCCCUUCGAAUGUGCUACAAUGGCUACGGGUACCCUCUGACCCUAUUUCUUGAAGAGGGAGGAGUGGUCACCGUGUGCAAGAUCAACACGGAAGAGCCAGAGGAUCCCAUUGACUUUGAGUUCUGCAGCACCAAUGUCACCAACAAGGUGAUCCUGCAGUCUGAUAGCUUGAGAGAGGCCUUCUCUGAGCUGGACAUGACAAGCGAGAUCCUGCAGAUUACAAUGUCACCCAGUCAACCCUACUUCAGGCUGUCUACGUUUGGGAAUUCUGGGAACGCCCACUAUGACUAUCCCAAGGACUCUGAUAUGAUGGAGCUCUUUCAGUGCACAAAGACUCAGACAAACAGGUAUAAGAUGUCCCUGCUGAAGCCCUCUACUAAAGCAUUGGCUCUGUCCUGUAAAGUGUCAGUCCGGACAGACACUCGCGGAUUCCUGUCCCUGCAGUAUUUGGUGAGAAACGACGAUGGACAGAUCUGUUUUGUGGAGUACUAUUGCUGCCCAGACGAAGAGGUUGAAGAGGAAUAGUUUGCUUCCAAAGAAAACAAGCUUACCUUUUAAGACGCCACAAAGACUUUUCCUUUCAUUUUGAAGCUUAUUCCAGCUACUGAAAUGUAAACUUUGCAUAAAUAAUUGAUGUAUGUGUAACCAUUUAUUAUAAUGUAAUAAUGUACAUGUAAUUACUUUCUGCACAGUUUCAGGAGAGUUUUGUUGUUGGUCUUCUAUGUCUGUAUAUGUUUGUGGAAGUGUGUAUAAGUAAUUUGGAGUCUAUUUUGAAUUAUUUUCUGCAUUUAUAAUAACCUUGUAGAAUUAUCCUUAAAUUAUUUUGUAAAUACUGAACAGAAGAAUAGAUUGCUGGGUUUUAAUAAACAAUAUUAUGUUUUCAAA